AUGGCCAAAGGAAAGAAAAGCAAGCAGGCUAAUAAGAGUAAAACCAUCACUUUGAAAGAGGCUCAGAACUGCGUGGAGUUGACGCUGGAUGGAAAACGACGCCUGGAUCUCAGUUUCAAAGAGGUCGCCGUGGUGCCAAAGUGCAUCCAGAAGUUGUGUGAGGUGGAUGAACUGGACCUAAGCAGGAACCUGAUCACAAAGGUCCCGGACUUUAUUGAGAAUUUCAUCAGCAUCCAGGUUUUGGAUCUGCACAGCAACUAUCUGGAGCAGCUCCCCGUGACUAUCGGCCGUCUCCAGAGCCUGCUGGUUUUGAACCUGUGUAACAACCGGCUGAGGAGCCUCCCCAGCGAGCUCGGCCUGCUGAAGAAACUCCACACACUGCAGCUGGGUCUCAACAUGCUGGAAGCUCUUCCCUCCUCCAUCGCCGCUCUGAAGGAGCUCCACCACAUCGGCCUCUCUGACAACAGAUUCACCCGCGUCCCCGGCUGCCUCUCGAGGCUCAGCAAGCUGGAGCGGGUCAACCUGGACAGGAACCCCAUCCUCAGUGAGGAGGCAGCAGGCCACGAGUUGCUCAUGAUCCCAGAGAGGCUUUACCUGGUCAAAGAGAGCUUCCUGUGUGAGGGCUGCCUGAAAAAGUGCCAGACUGAGAGGAGGAAGCUGGAGGAAGGAGCCAAAAGUACUGGGUCUACCCGACCUGAUGAGUCAGGCUGACAAGGAGAUGUAGGGCAAGAAACACUUAAUCAUAAAAGACAUGUAGGAUAUUUUAAAUUAUUAUUUCA